GGAUAUCUCUCGCACCAUCUACACGAAAGGUACAAUUACAAGGUCUUAGGCUUAGAAUGUUCUGAAGAAUACGUAAACUUAGCAUACAAAAAUCAAAACAAAUUCCACCCUUCAUCAAAAGGUCGAGUAAAUUUUUUCCAACACUUCAUAAAUGAAGAUUCGGCUGAUACAAUCACUAAAUUAGCCAAUCAAGAAUUCUCUAACCUUGAAUAUGGAUCAUGCUGUAUAGUGGGACUUCACGCAUGCGCAGAUCUGAGCAUCACAAUAUUGGAUUUGUUUUCAAAAUUGUACUUUGUUAAAAGUAUAGUGAUCAUGCCGUGCUGCUACCACAGGAUAAAAUCGACUGAUGAAGACGAGUCACAAGAACAUUUUGUGAAUUUUCCAUCGAGUAAGGUGUUAUCCUGCCUGUUUUCAGAAUUUGAAGCUUCAAAAUUCAUGAGAAGGCCUUUUUUAAGAUUAGCUUGUCAACUGACCAUUCGAAGUUUUGUUAAAGUGACUGAAGAGGAAAAUGAAAUACUUUCAAGAAGGUUUUUGUUCAGGGCAAUUUUGGAAGAUGUUGCAGUGUCAGAGAACCUCAAAGUGAAGAGAUUGAAACGAAAAUCCCACAAAUCGCAUACAUUAGACCCUGACGAGGACUUCGAAUCCUAUUUGAGCAACCUGAAAACCAGCCACCAAUUAGAGGAUAGCGAUAAAGGAGAGCAGUUGGCGGUUAAUAACGUCACUUUCCUGAGGAAAAUGCGUGAAAAAUGGAAUGAACACAAAGGCAAUUGUUACCUAGUGGAAGUACUAACGGGACUCCAGGCAUCGAUACAAAGCGUAUGUGAGAACGUCGUAUUGCUGGAUAGGGUGGAGUUUUUGAAAGAAAGGGGUAUUCAUUGUCACAUAGAAAAAGUGACUGAUGAUGUCGUAUCCCCGAGAUGUUUCGCCCUGGUAGCUUUUAAACAUUAAUUCAUAUGUUGAGUAGAAGGACGGCAUCAGAAACUCCGGGUAUAUAUGUUCCUCGUGUGAAUAAAAAAUACAUACGAUCGAGAAUGU